CUUAGUUCAUGGUGUCACGGCAGUGGGCUGAGUUUUUACAUGUGCAGAAAUGUCCAUAUGUUCAAGUCCAAACACGUCCGGUGGAGCAGGAUUUGAAUCUGGUGAUCGAACUUCAACUUUCAUUCUCUCGUUCUUUUGCUACUAUUUUUAAAGCAGUAAAAAAAAAUUAGAUCGCCAUACCUGAUAAGCGGUCCCAAAAGGAGGAGAUGCAAACACAAGACCAGUGGACGGUCGCUUUCCAAGUCUCGAUGGAGGAAAGUACAAGCUGAAGAGAAGAUGGUCGCUGAUGUGCGGCUCACACCUCAGCAUGUUCAACCUAAUGAGCAGCUGCUGCAACUGGAUCACAAAAUUACAGCAACCUGUCAGGAAAGUCACAGUGCUAAUGGUCGGCCUUGACAAUGCUGGCAAAACCUCCACUAUAAGAGGCAUUUUGAAAGCACCUCCACGGGACCUGGGCCCCACCAGUGGAUGCGUACGCACUGAGCUGAGAGUGGACAACUUUCUAGUGACCUUGCUGGAUGUCGGAGGUGGUCGAGAGAGUCGUGGAGCCUGGAGGCAGCUCUGUGGAGAAGCCCAUGGGAUUAUUUUUGUGGUCGAUUCUAGCGAUGGGCAGCGGGUUCCUGAAGCCAGGGGGCUUCUUACAGAUGUGUUACAGCAGGCCAGGGUAGCAAGGAAACCCCUUUUGCUGCUGGCCAACAAGCAAGACAAGAUGGACGCUCUCCUGGUCAGUGACCUAAUGGAGGCCCUGUCACUGGAGAAACUGGUCAACCAGAGCCGAUCGCCCUGUCACAUUGAGCCCAGCUCCGCACUGGUGGACGUGCGCAGGUGGACCGACAGGAAGACCUUGAGAGGCCUGCGCUGGCUGCUGCGAGCCGUCAGCCUGGACUACACCGACCUGUGUGCCCGCAUCGCCAGGGACAGCAAGCGUCCCGCGGAGCGAGAGGAGAGGGAGAAGCGAGCGGCAGCUGAGAAAGGGCCCCGCAGGAGCCCAGAGGAGCAGACUAACACCAGCAAGAAACACCUGCAACACGGCGAGGACCUUACUGGCAAAGAGAAAAAAAUGACAAAGAAAAGCACUGGUGGAAAACAGCAUCCCAUUCAGAACAUCAUGAAAGCGGAGAGAAGCCUGAAAAAGAAUAUGAAGGAAAAUCAGGUAAAGAUCAGAGAUGCUGUGAACAGCAGAAGGGCAGCGAGGAGGAAAUGGGGUGAGGAAGAAGAGGAGGAGGAGGUGAAGGGAAGGGCUGAGAUCGGGCAGAGGGGUGACACAGAGGAGACAUCAAGUGGUGCCCUGGUUCCGAAAAUGCGUGGCAAGACAAAACGAAAAAUGAAGAUAGUGAUGAAAGACACAUUGGUGCUUCCUGAAUCAGAAAAGAAGGAGGAGCCCCGUGCAAAGAAAGGUGAGGUCAGAAGUAAAAAGAAGAAAAAGUCAGUAAAUGUAAAGAAGAAAAACAAAAUAAAUUCGGAAGGUGUGUCUGCUGCAUAUUCACAGCCGGUUGACCUGUCUGCCACGUUCGACCUCUACAGGAAGGCUAUAUUAGCUCUGAAGGCCCACCCAGAGCAGAAUAAAGGAGGCUCCUCCUGCUGAGCCCUCACUGCACUGCAGCCUGUGAUUGUGCUGCAUUAAGUAACACAUAAACUCCUACCCCAUGCUCUGCAGUUACACUGCACUCUCUUCUCCUCCCUCCUGCUGAGCCCUCAGUGCACUGUACCCUGUGAUCCUGCUGCAUUAAGUAACACAUAAACUCCUACCCCAUGCUCUGCAGUUACACUGCACUCUCUUCUCCUCCCUCCUGCUGAGCCCUCAGUGCACUGUACCCUGUGAUCCUGCUGCAUUAAGUGUGAUUUUCUAUGUGCACACAGCUGAUGUGUUAACACCCCCACUCACUAUUGCAUUCUAUUUAAACAGGUCUUCUUAAGUUGUUUUGAUUACUUUAAAUGUCAGUGCUGUUUACAGUGUGUGUUUAUAUAUCUUAAGAACUAUUCCCUCAGUGUAGAGGUUUCCAGAAGCAAGGUGUUUCAUUUGUACAUCAAAGUCAUUCAGUCUUUGUUGUCUAUUGGACAGAGGAAGGACAUUAGCAUCAAAGCACAGAACGUUCCUGUAUGCAGAAUGUGAUCUCUUUACAACCAAGUACCUUUCAUGUUACAGUACCGGUCAAAUGUUUGGGAAAACCUGCUUUUUAAUGAAUCUGUUUCUAGUUUAGCCAUGUUAUUCAUCUCAUAGGCCGCGAGACAAUGAAGUAAUAUAUAUCAUUAUAAUAUAAAUGAAAUAUUACUGAGAGAAGUGUUCAACAACUCAAAAUUUUAGACUCUUCAAAACAGCCCCCUUUUGCUUUGAUGACAGCAUUACAAUCUCUGACAUUCUCUCAACCAGCUUCCAGAUGUAGCCACCUGGAAUGCUUCUCCAAUGGUCCUGAAGGAGUUUCCACAAGUUUUGGGCACAAAUUGGCUACCUUACUCAUCACAAAACAGCUCUAUAGCAUCUAGGUUGGGGGGGAUUUUGGGGGCCAGGUCAUUUGUCACAGCAUUCCAUCUAUCUCCUUAUUCACUAGAUAAUACUUACUACAUUACCCUAAGAUGUGUUUGGGGCAUUAUCUUGAUAAAUUAAAUGAUGGUCCAAGAUAGGAUACCGUGUUAUUGCAAAAUCCUGCCUUCAAUUUUAUAUAAAUCUCCAACAGCACCAUCAGUGAAACAGUCCCACACCAUUAUAUUACCUCACUGUCCCACACCAUUACACUGCCUCACUGUCCCUCACCAUUACACUGCCUCACAGUCCCACACCAUUACACUGCCUCACAGUCCCACACCAUUACACUGCCUCACUGUCCCACACCAUUACACUACCUCACUGUGGGGCCAAACAUGCUGUCAUCCUCAGUUCACCUUUUCUGCAUAUCACAAAAACAUAACGAUUGGAGCCAAAAAUUUUCAAAGCAGAUUUCCAUUGUUCUAAUAUCUGUAUUUUUUUGCCCACCCCAAUCUUUUCUUCUUAUCUACAUCCUUCAGAAGUAGUUUGUUUGCAGCAAUUCCGGCAUAAUGGUGUAGAACACUGAGGAUAAAGACCAGAUUCAUGUAAUGAGCAGUUAGGAUAGUUUGGAUAGUUUGAUGGUUUUGCCCACUGCAGCUGAAGACACUGCCAGGCAUUUUAUUAAUUCAUUGACCAUCAUUUCUUAAAAUAAUUAUGGAUGGACAUUUUUCUUUGUUAAGCUUUUCUUGUCAUAUUAUUGAUUAUUAAAACAAGAAAGCUAUUUUACAAACAGGGCCAUUGGUAUUCACUGUACCUAAUCACAACAAAAAUGAUUAUUUCCAGUGUUUAGAUCAUGAAAGAUGGUAUUCAGUAUAAUAUAUAGUAAUUAUGGGACCUGUAAUUAUCUAGCACUUUCUUUGCUUGCUAAGAUUUUGUACCUAU